AAGCGGAAGUUUAGUAUGUUGUUCCGGCAAGUGACAGAAUCCCUUGCUUCGCCUCCAAUCAUGGAGCAAUGCUGGCAGCUGUGAGCAUUAGUUGCAAUAGACAUUACUGAUCCAACAAUCAUUCAUUUCUCCCAGGACUGAGGUGCCUAGGCCAACCCGGAUUACAGCCACGAAUAACCUACAUGGAUCCGCGGUCGUCAAGGUGGAUAUAUCAGGCGCGCGUGUGUAUUUUUGAGCUGAAAUGCUAAGGAUGUGCAACACACCGUAAUGAGCCGACCAAUUUGCGCUGAAACUACCCAGGAAGGUCAAGGCGUUGUGAACGGGCCGAAGGGUGUCAGGCCGUCUGUACCAUUGUGGCACCCUGAUAGCCUUGAUACACAAACUCGAACUCAAGACACCCCAAAAAUUAAGAGGCUAUCCGUUACCUAGAGCGGCACUGCUGGGGUCAACUCACUCUCUGAUACAAAUCUUUACCUCUCAUGAUGAGUUCACUCAGACGUGGGGCGGGUACCUGGCGACCACAGCCGUGGCAGGAUGCAGAUAGAGGUGGUGGAGAACCUCUCUCGGAUAGUGACUCGGAGGAAGAGGAUUUUCCUGAUGACUACUCAACUCCCUUGGGCGAAUAUGUAACUCAGGGGUUAAAGCAGUUACUUGAUGCUCAGCAGUUGUGUGAUGUCACUCUUUUGGUGGAAGGAAAAAAGUUCAUGUGUCACAGAGUUCUUUUAGCAGCAGUCAGCCCAUAUUUCCGUGCCAUGUUUACCAGCCCUCUCGUAGAGUCUCGUCUCACUGAGAUCCGACUGGAGGAGGUGACACCCUUUGUUAUGGAGACAGUUAUCCACUUCGUUUAUACAGGAGAAGCAGGUCUGAGUCUUGACACAGCAGAGGAUUUGUUUGUGGCGGCCAAUCGUCUUCAAGUGAUGCCCUUGCAGGACCUUUGCUCUAGAUUCCUUUUUGAACACCUGUCUGUGGAGAACUGCCUGGGGAUGUACUCUCUGGCUCGUUCACAUCAUGACCAGCUGCUUCUUCGGGCUUCUUUGAGGUUGGUGGGUCAGCAUUUCCCUCGAGUGUCUCGGCAGCGAGAUUUCCUGCUGUUGGACCCAGGAACUCUUGGCAGCUUGCUGGAGUCGGAUCGAUUGGGUGUGGAGUCUGAGACUGAAGUUUAUGAUGCAGCAAGGCGCUGGGCAGAAUACCAGCCUGCUGAUCGUUACGUUCACAUGCCCAAUUUGUUACGCCAUUUACGUCCCGGCCUUUUGGGCCCUGAAGAGAACCUCCGAAUGAACCAAGAACUUGGGCCUCGAGCCAGUACCGAAGGCAUGGGAGGACCUCUGAGGCCUCGUGAAGGCAUGUUUGAGAAGAAAAUAGUCUGUGUAGAUCUUAAGCCGAGGGAGGACGAGUCUUUACAGAAGAGGGACUUCACGGUGGAUUGCUUCGACCCUCGUACAGGGAAGUGGGAGAAGCUGGCAGCCUUGGGCUCGUUGCUUUGCCCGGGCUGCACUGCUGUCGGAGGGCGACUGUUUGUGGCAGGCGGCAUCCUGCGAUCUGGCCAGGUCUCGUCAUCUCUGCAUGAGUACGAUGUUGUGGUAAACCGUUGGAUUGCACAGCCAUUGAUGGCUGAACCACGUGCGAUGUUGGGUCUUCUUGGCUGUGGAGGUUUUUUAUACGCUCUCGGCGGCUGUAACCGAACAGCAUUUCUAGACACAUGUGAAAGAUUUGACCUUAACGCGCUGACCUGGGCGCCUGGACCUCGUUUGCCGUUGCCGUUGCGCUCUUUCGCUUGCGCUGCCCUUCGCUGUCGGCUCUACUUGCUUGGUGGUACCACGCUGGAGCAGAGCAGGGCUGUGGUGCAUGCUGGCGUGCUUAUCUACCACACCGUUACAAGGACCUGGAGCCGUGUCGCCCUAGACUCUGGCGCCACCUGCCUGGCUGGAGGAGUAGCAGUACGUGGCGGCGUUUGUGCCGUUGGCGGUUACUUGCGCGAUGCCGCCAAGUUCCUCGAUGGCAACUACACCCAGGCCGAACCGCUAGAUGCCACAGGGCGCGUGCUGUUCUUCCGAGAGGGACGAGGAUCUGGAUUGGAGCGGGAGGUGGCGGUCGGAGCAGAGCGUGGGGGUGGCGGAAGCGACCGCGCCCCUAGUCCGGUGGUUUUUCCAGGCCUGCCGAGGCGCAUCGCUGCUGGAGGUGUGGCUAGAUGGAAGCGCAGGAUAUACGUAUUGGGUGGUGAGAACGGAUCGAGAUUUUACGACAGCGUCUACUGCUGGAAACCUGGCUGGCGAAGCUGGGUCCAAAGACGGGAGAAAUUGCCCGGGGAUACAGGAGGCGUUAGCCAGUUUGGAUGUACCACCCUGAAGUUCCCCAAAAAACACAUUUUAGCACGUCUUCGGGCUGCUCAACAGAAACGAGGGAAGGAGAAACGGCCGACCCGGUCAUGCAGAGUCAUGCGGAUUGACAGGGCGAAUCAGGGAGUGUGAUUUUUCAAAGAGACAAAAGGGCAUUUCGGACAAGUUUAUGCACCUACUUUUACAUCUUUACUCUUGGUUGAUGUCUAGAUGUUUUGAAAUUCAUUAUUUCAUUUCUGCAAGCUGAACGCAAGUUUUCAUUUACUAAGUAUUGACGGAAAAAUAAGCAUAAUAUUUGGGUUUGAUUUCAGAAUGCUUUGCGCUUAAUAAAAAAUUGAGCUUAGAAAUGGCAAUCUUGGAGAAUAAUAAAACGUUUGAAAUCAGAGCAGGUUGUUUGACUCAAUGAGUAAAAAGUCAUUGAAGUUUAUUUGAACCUUUUUGCUUAAAGUCAUUCCUGUGAGGCUGAGUGUAGUUUACACGCAUUCGAACAUCAAGAUCGCUUCUCUUACAGCAGUGGAUACUACUGUAAUGUAAAGGACAUUAAUAUGGGGUCUCUUAAAAUGUCUAAGCAGCUUUUAAAAUCUUUGUCAUUUUAAUUUUUUUUGAUGACAGUGGCGACAAAUUACACUUGUAUCAAACCGCUGUUAAGCAACAUCAUGAGAUUUUUUUUUUUUUUUUUUUUUUUUUUUUUCCGUCAACCAGCAUUUCUAUGUAGUAUCCCAAAAUUGCUGGAUGCAAAAACCACUAUGGGAAUAAAAUAUCCAUAAUGUUCUCAAUAAAUGUGUACACUUCUUUUGAGAUGUUUUUUUUUUUUUUUUUUUUAAACAUGCGCAUAAACUAUGACAGAAAUACAUUUACAGAUUAAAUUGUAUGAUGUGCAUUUAAAAGACGUCUUUCCCUUAAAGUCAUGUGACUGGAUAAAUUGCUUGGGUAAAACAUGUUGCUCUGGUUAUUCUGAAAUUUUAUCUGGCAAACGAUCGCUAGCAUACAUGAAGUUUUUCAGAGCGUUUUAUCUGCGCUCUCUAAACCACAAGUAAUUUAUUACAUUUAAUAAAGGAGUGGAUUCCCCCAUUUCUUUCUUCUUCUUUUUUCUUGCUUUCUUUUUUCUUUUUGGCCAGUCAGGGUUAGCAAUGAAAGCAUUUUUUUUUUCUUUUAACAUUUCUUUUUAUUUGUAAAUUGUUUUUGCGUUAGUUCAUUUUGCGUACAAUACAUACAUUCGUUACUGACAUGGAAACAUAGAACCCAGAUGAUAACCGCUAAAUGUAAUUUUCAAUUAUAUAGCUAUUAAAAUUUGUGUUGCAAACUCUACUGUAUCAUAACAUCAUGAAAAGUUAUUCUGAAAUGCAUUUACAAUACAUGUCCUAAAUUCUUUUUUCAAAUGAAAUCACGAAAUGCAGCGCUGGCUCUUGGACUGACAUGUAUGUCUUUUAAUCUUACAUUACUGAACUAACAUUGAACAAUAAUGCAACACAACACGAGUCUUAACAUUAACACAGUCCAUGUUACAAUCCUUCAGUAUCAUGUGUGACUGAUUUUUUUUUUUUUUUUUUUUUUUUUUUUUUUUUACAUCUCUGAAGGUUUGAGUUAAUCAUGACAUAGUGAUCGAUGAUUUUCUGCACAUCGUUGUAACGCACUGUUCAGCUUGCCCUCGAUGAAGUGGAUCAGUAUAUGUAUCAGUAGUGCUUUAAUGCCAUCUUUUGGGUUUAGCUGGUCAUCUCAUCUGAAAUGUUUGAAACAUAGAAUCGCAAUAGAAACCAAAUGAAUGCUUUUUGUAUGAUUUCGUUGUUCUUUUUGUCUUACAGUAACAUUAUUUUCUCAGAGACAAACAGGACUCUGUAUUUACAUCUGAUGUCAAACAGGUCUGUUUGUUUUGAAAGACCUAGAAUUGUAAAAUAUUGAACAUUGUUUGAAUGGAAAGUCUGUACUCUGGUUUUCAUUAAAAUAAAUUGAACUCAA